AUGCUCCUCCACUUGCGUUCCGGGCUCAACCUCACCUCAUCCUUUGACAUCGCUGUCUUCGCAGCCGCGUGCGUUGCCUUCUGGGGUCAGUGCAGAUUGGGUGAACUACUACCCACUUCUCGGACGGACCCAGAGCUGAGCACCAAACCAUGUCGGAACAACAUUACUUCGACAAAACACACAAUUACUGUCCGUCUCCCUCGUACCAAGACCCAGAAACACGGCGAAGACGUCAUUCUCACCGCUCAGUGCAGCGAAAUUGAUCCAAUAUCAGUGCUUCGUAUGCAUCUAUUCGCUACCCCCAACACCCCCAACACACUUCUGUUCACAUAUUCGACUGGCGCUACCACCAUCCCACUUACGCGACGCGCAUUUCUCAAUCGCUGCAACGAAGUUUGA